AACGCAGCGCACUUUCCCUGCGCUGACCUCUGACAGUCGCUCAUGGAUCCGCUCCCUCCCUUCACAAACACGGAAGCAGCAUGGCGUCCAACAGCAGCGGCGGCGGCAGCUCCGACAGGCAGCGGAUUGCACAGCAAAGGCUGAGGAUAAUUGCCGGGCAUUUACAGGGACCUUUGGACGGUGACUCGGCCAUCCUAGCCGCGGACUGCAAAGCCCAGGGGAGCAAGACAGAUGUCUCCCGUGAGGGGAAGACGAUGCCGAGGAGGAGGCAGGAGAUUAUGAAAUGGAACGGCUGGGGAUACAGUGACUCGAAAUUCCUCUUUAAUAAGAAAGGCCAAGCAGAAUUUACUGGCAAAAGGUAUAGACUAAGUGGUAUGAUCAUUCCCGGUCUGAAAGACUGGAUGGAGGGCACAUUUGGAGCCAAUCUGCAGCAUAAAACUACUGCAACACCCCUUUUGACCAGCAGCGCUGUACAGCCUGCCACACUGAACGAGGCCUUCUUGGAGGAACUGAAAUCCACAGGUAUUCCCUUCUCCCACGACGCAGAGGACCGGGUGUUUCGAGCCCAUGGACACUGCUUACACGAGAUCUUCGCUCUACGGGAAGGCAAAUUUGGUCGCGUUCCAGACAUGGUGGUAUGGCCAAACUGCCACAAUGACGUUGUGAAAAUUGUGGAACUGGCGUGCAAACACAAUGUUUGUGUGAUACCAUAUGGAGGAGGGACUAGUGUCUCUAGUGCCCUUGAGUGCCCCCCAGAGGAAACUCGCUCCAUUAUCUCUCUGGACACUUCACAGAUGAACCGCAUUCUGUGGAUUGAUGAGAAAAAUUUAACUGCCCACGUUGAAGCUGGCAUCGUUGGCCAGGAUUUGGAGAGAUUGCUUAAUGAGAGCGGCUAUUGUACAGGGCAUGAGCCUGACUCCAUGGAGUUCAGCUCCCUUGGGGGCUGGGUAGCAACCAGAGCAUCAGGCAUGAAGAAGAACAUCUACGGCAACAUUGAGGACCUUGUCAUCCACAUAAGGAUGGUGACCCCACGAGGGGUAAUUGAAAAGAGCUGUCAGGGCCCACGCAUGUCCACAGGGCCAGACAUUCACCACUUCAUCAUGGGCUCAGAAGGAACCCUGGGUGUGGUCACUGAGGUCACGAUGAAGAUUCGUCCCAUGCCAGAGUAUCAGAAAUACGGCUCUGUGGUGUUCCCUAAUUUUGAGCAGGGAGUUGCCUGUCUGCGAGAGGUUGCCAAACAGAGGUGUGCCCCAGCAUCUAUACGUCUCAUGGAUAAUGAGCAGUUUAAAUUUGGUCACGCCCUGAAGCCUCAAGUAUCUUCGAUUUUCACAUCCUUUUUGGACGGGUUGAAGACAUUUUACAUCACUAAGUUCAAAGGGUUCGACCCCAACCGCCUGUGUGUGGCCACACUACUCUUUGAGGGAGACCGCGAGAAGGUCCUGCAGCACGAGAAGCAGGUUUAUGACAUCGCUGCUAAAUUUGGCGGCCUGGCAGCUGGAGAGGACAAUGGGCAGAGGGGCUACAUGUUGACCUUUGUCAUCGCUUACCUCCGGGACUUGGGGAUGGACUACUAUGUGAUCGGGGAGUCCUUUGAAACCUCUGUGCCAUGGGACAGGGUGUUGGACAUUUGCCGGAAUGUGAAGGCACGCAUCAUUCAAGAGUGUAAAGACAAAGGAGUGCAGUUUCCACCGCUAUCUACGUGCAGGGUGACGCAGACGUACGACACUGGUGCCUGUGUCUACUUUUACUUUGCCUUCAACUACAGGGGACUCAGUGAUCCAGUACACGUGUAUGAACAAGUGGAGCAUGCAGCUAGAGAAGAGAUCCUUGCCAAUGGAGGGAGCUUGUCACAUCACCAUGGAGUGGGGAAACUUCGGAAGGAGUGGAUGAGAGACACCGUCUCCAAUGUCGGCGUGGGGAUGCUCAAGUCUGUCAAGGACUACGUGGACCCCGAUAACAUCUUCGGCAACAGGAACCUCCUCUAAUGUCCCGCUCCUGUCCGUCUUUAUCUCACCGUUUUUUCUAAAAGCAUCUUGUGCAGUUUGGAUUAAUAGAUACUAAAUGUGAACUUAAAUGGAGAGCGAUCUUUUACAUUAAAAAAAGUGUCAUUCGGUGCCAUUUGAUUCACCCAAACCUCUUUUUUUUUUCUUUCACAUUAUAUUGCACUUAACAUGCUGUAACAAUCAUCAUCACUCAUGAUGAAGCUUGCUGUUGAGUCGUGGCCUCCGCUUUGUCGCUGGAGCCUGACAUGAAGCAGCGAAACUUCAAUUUUUGUGUGUUUAACCAGUUCCUAAAUAUCCUUGCCAACCUUAUCAACUCAUCUGUUUGUUUUUACGUUCCUCUUCUUGUGCGUGUGGCACUCCUUUAGUCGUAAGUUCUACCUGAAUGCGCUUUCUAAAGCUCUGUGCCUUUCUGAAGCUUUUGUCUGCCUUCCCCGUUCUACUAAACAAUCCACUGAUGUCCCUCUGUGAGCUAAAAGUAACUUGGACAUGAUGUUU